AUGCCUCGAAGCACAGCCUAUGCCGAUUUCCAGUCCCCGGAAUCUGCUACUGCAUCUCACACUUCAUCUCGGCCAUCGACUCGAGCCAAAAAUGACCAGAAAUGGGACGCACAAAAGAACGAGAUUUACCGAUUAUACAUUGAGGAGGACAACACUCUUGAUGCGACUAUCCAAAUGAUUGAAGCGACAAGUGGCUUCAAGGCAAGCCCCCGAAAGUGGAAGAUGAAGCUCAAGGAGUGGAGGUUUGAGAAAAACCUCUCCAAGCAUGACAUGGAGAUCAUAGUUGCGAAAGCCCGCAAACGUGCUAGGGACGAAAGUAAAGAUACCGUUUUCUUUUAUGGCUCGACUCAAAUUCGGCCAGAGAGGAUCGAGAACUUCAAGAAGCGGAAGACCGCAAGCGGGAAGUAUAUCGUAUCGUCAAGAGCAGACACCCCAGAGAACGUGACCUACCGCACUCCGAGUCCGGAAUGCUAUCCAAGCAAUCUUGCGGACGAUCUUUCCUCAAUCGACCUGAACCAGAAUAUGUGA